AUGGACACCAGUAAAGACAACAUUGCUGGCUAUUUAGCACUUAUCAGGCCAGACGGUGCUUCAGAUCUAGACAUUCUUCUCAGCUGGGUCCCUGAAUAUCUCAUUCGGCAGUCCAAAGAUGACUUUGACAACUAUGUGCAGGUAGAUCUUGAUCCUGAAUCGGGCGCAAUCUCCGAAACAAGCAGGGUGAUGGUUUCCCCACCGCCAUUGAAUGCUCGCAGCUCUCAUGCCUUCUCAAUUGCAGUCAAAGACCUGUUUUCUAUCCAGGUCCGCCAGCCCUCUCUAGGCUGGUGGUGGGGCUCUUUGCUUUUCUACACGCGAACCCAGGUGACGCUACCAGCACUGUUUUUCCACGAUUUGGAGUCUGAGAGUACAGUCAACGAGCAAAAGCGGAAUUGUGAGAGUUUCGAGCCAUUCUCGGACUCUGGCGAUCUGUAUUGGGGCGGCCAAUCGUUUUUGAAAGAACUCAGAAAGUACGUAAAGCUGGUGGACGCGACUGUCGAAAGAGGUCUACUGCUA